ACUGGGCCAUUUUAGGACGACCGCUGGAUCGGUGCAAAACACACAGCUCCAGUAUCCAGCACGCUCCCCUAGGCUGCAUUCACCUGCUCCUUCCCGGCCGAACCCCACCCCGUCGACGAUCUAAGCGGCUGGAGAUUUAGAAAGCCAAGGAUGAACAUCUUCAGGAAGAAAACCUCUCCCAAAGAGGCUCUGCGGUCAAGCAAAAGGGAAAUGACUGUUGCUACCAGAGGCAUUGAACGUGAGAUUGCAUCUCUUCAACUGGAGGAAAAGAAACUGGUAGCAGAGAUAAAAAAGACAGCUAAAACUGGAAAUGAGGCUGCCACUAGAAUUUUAGCUCGUCAGCUUGUUCGACUUCGGCAACAAAUAACCAAUUUGCAGGGCAGUCGGGCCCAGAUCAGAGGAGUUGCAACUCAUACACAGGCACUCUAUGCUGGCACUUCAAUAUCUACUGGAAUGAAAGGUGCAACUAAAGCAAUGGUAGCAAUGAACAAGCAAAUGGCUCCCACAAAACAAGCAAAGGUGAUAAAAGAAUUCCAGAAGCAGUCAGCACAAAUGGACAUGACGAUAGAGAUGAUGUCAGAAGCUAUUGAUGAAACUUUAGACAAAGAUGAGGCUGAAGAGGAAACAGAGGAGCUUACCAACCAGGUCCUUGAUGAGAUUGGUGUGGAUAUUGCUUCCCAGUUAUCUUCAGCACCAAAAGGUCGGAUUGCAUCAAGGAAUGCUGCUCCCCCUGUUCAAACUAGUUCUGAGUCCACUGAUGUUGAGGAUCUUGAAAAGAGGCUGGCCUCACUUCGACGCAUCUGAUGAUUCUGAUCCUGAAAAGCACAAGACUUUGUACUUGUUCGGAUUAUAGCAUUUUUUCUAUGUAUAUGAAAUUAAGCAAAGAUGUCGGUGGCAUGAGGAACAGACCACUAUGGUAGGAUUGUUAUAUAUGUACUACAUUUGUCCCAUGUUACCAAGAAACCUAGUAAAUUUUCCUUAUUGUACUAGUACACUUGAGCUUGCUUUGUUGGGUUGGAAUGUUGAGCUUGAAUAAGAAGUUUACCAGUUC